CGAAGCACCGGCCCCUCCGCCGCGCACGGCCCGGUUCGGCCCGGAGCGGCCCGGCUUAGCCCGGUGCGGCCCGGAGCGGCCCGGUUCGGCCCGGCUCAGCCCGGUUCGGCUCGGAGCGGCCCGGUCCGGUCCGGCCCGACCGGGUCCGGCUCGGCUCGGUUCGGCCCGGCCCGGCCCGGUUCGGCCCGGUUCGGAUCGGUUCGGUUCGGCCCGGAUGGUGCUGGCCGGGAGCCGAGCAGCGCCGUGAGCCCGCAGGUGUCCGCAUGGCCCCCCGCGGGAUGCGGCCCGGGACGCCCUGCCUCCUCCUCCUCCUCCUCUCUGCCGCCGGCUGCCGCCCCGGGGCGGUGGAGGUGGAGCGCAGCGUGACGGCGGUGCUGGGCCAGGACGUGGUGCUGCCGUGCCGCUACCGGGCGCAGGAGGGCGAGAAGGUGGUGCAGGUGACGUGGCUGAAGCGGGGCGCGGCGGGCGCCGGCGCCGAGGUGGCGGUGCUCAACCUGGAGCACGGGGAGCACGUGCAGGCGCCCUACGCGGGGCGGGUGCUGCGGCGGGCGCCCGGCGCCCUGGAGGACGGGGCCAUCGUGCUGAAGAACGCGGCGCAGGGCGACGAGGGCGACUACGAGUGCCACCUCAUCACCUUCCCCAUGGGCAGCUUCGAGGGGCGCCUCAGCCUGCGGGUGCUGGUGCCGCCGCUGCCGGUGCUGAACCCGGGGCCGCCGCUGGAGGAGGGCCAGGGCCGGACGCUGGCGGCCUCGUGCACGGCGGAGGGCAGCCCCGAGCCCACGGUGCGCUGGGAGACGGCGGUGCGGGGCACGGCGGCCGCCCGCCGCGCCGCCCACGCCCGCUCCGCCUCCGUCACCAGCGAGUUCUUCCUGGUGCCCGGGCGCAGCAUGGACGGCCAGAGCCUCACCUGCGUCGUCGCCCACCCCGGCCUGCGCCACGAGAAGAGGAUCACCCACCGGCUCAGCGUCGCCUACCUCUCGGACGCCUCGGUGGUGGGGCACACGGAGGACUGGCAGGAGGGCAUGGAGGGCGCCAUGCUGACGUGCCUGGGUGACGGCAACCCCCCGCCCACCUACAACUGGACACGGCUCGACGCCCCGCUGCCCGCCGGCGUGCGGCUCAAGGGCGAGACCCUCCUCUUCCCGCGGCCCCUCGCGGCGGCCGACGCCGGCGAGUACGUCUGCCGCAUCUCCAACCGCGUGGCCACCAAGGAGGUCCGCGCCAACGUCAGCGUCAGGAGCAGAGCCGCAGACGAGGAGGUGCGUCAGGUGGACCUGGUCUCCGCCUCGGUGGUGGUGGUGGGCGUCGUCGCCGCCGUCCUGCUCUGCGUCCUCGUCGUCGUCAUCGUCGUCAUGGCCCUCUACCACAAGCGCAAGACCAAGCGCAUCUCCGAGAAGUACGAGGAGGAGCUGACGCUGACGCGGGAGAACUCCAUCCGCCGGCUGCACUCCAGCCACAGCACCGACACGCGCGCCCAGCUGGAGGAGACGCUGCAGCUGCGCGCGGAGAGCCGGCAGGGCAGCCUGCGCGGGGACAGCCUGCGCGGGGACAGCCUGCGCGGCACCAGCAUCUGCUCCGCCAUGAGCGAGGAGGCCGAGGGGCGCAGCUACUCCACGCUCUCCACGGUGCGGGAGAUCGAGACGCAGACGGAGGUGCCGGCGGCGCCGCUGCUGCCCGCGCCGGAGGGCAAGGAGCCGAAGGAGGAGGAGGAGGACGGUGGCGACAACCCCAUCAAGCAGGCCAUGACCCACUUCGUGCAGGAGAACGGCAUGCUGCAGGCCAAGCCCACCACCAACGGCAUCUACAUCAACGGCCGCGGGCACCUGGUGUGAGCGCGGCCGCCGCGGCGCCGGGCGGGACGGGACAGGACGGGACGGGACGGGACGGGACGGGACGCGUGGCCCAGCCCCGGCCCCUCGCCGCGCCGCCGGCCACCCCCGAGCGGCACUGCAGGAUUUGGGGGGGCGGCAGGGCGAGGGGACCCCCUUCCCUCCUUGGCUGCCCCAGCCCCGCUUCAGCCCGCCUGCGGGGGUGGCAGGGACACUCGGCACGGGGCUCCGGUCCCCAAAUGCCACCUUUGCUGCUGGCAUGAUGCUGGGGACAUGCACCAUGCUCCAGGAUGGGGCUACGGUCCCCAAAUGCCACCUUUGCUGCUGGCAUGAUGCUGGGGACGUGCACCAUGCUCCAGGAUGGGGCUCCGGUCCCCAAAUGCCACUUUUGCUGCUGGCAUGAGUUUGGGGACGUGCACCAUGCUCCAGGAUGGGGCUCCGGUCCCCAAAUGCCACCUUUGCUGCUGGCACAAGUUUGGGGACGUGCACCAUGCUCCAGUGUGGGUCUUCGGUCCCCAAAAGCCACCCUAGGUUCUGGCAUGAGUUUGGGGACAGGACAUGCAGUGUGCCCUGGUCUGGGGCUCUGGUCCCCAAAUGCCACUUUUGCUGCUGGCAUGAGGUUGGGGACAUGUACCAUGCUCUGGGCCAGGGCUCCGGUCCCCAAAAGCCACCCUAGGUGCUGGCAUGUGCUUGGGGACAAAACCGUGCCCCAGGAUGGUACUCCGGGCGCCAGAUGCCACCUUCACUGCUGGCACGAGGUCGGAGGUGCCCCGCUGGGGACAGCGCUGGCCUGCCAGGAGGGAGGUGACAACAGCAUCCCGGAGCCGCCAGCGCAGGACCACGCUCCAGAGGGAGCUGCUUCUCCGGGAUGUCCCUGGGCAUGGGGACACGGUCCUCCUGCAUGGGGACACCGGGAGCCCCAGGACCUUGAGGACAGACACAUGGGCAGGGACGUGGUCCCCCCCCCCCCUCAAAAAUCCCCCUUUGGACUCUGGAUCGGAUCCUUUCCCCACGCGGCGCCGGGGGGAGGCGGAGGGGACGACGUCCCCGCUCGGGCUGUGCUGGUGGCACUCGGGGCACUCGUGUCCCCUUCCCCAACCCCCCGUCCCCUUGUCCCCCCGAUACGGCCACAUCCCCCAUGUCCCAUCUGCUGCCCCCAAAACAUCCCUCCCCGGGGGCGAGCAGCCGGCGAGCGGCCCCGGCGCAGCCCGCGUCCCCCCGCCGCGGGGACCCCCCCCCGGGCCGGACCCCCCCCCCCCCGGGGCUCGCGGAGGGCUCCCCGGUGUACAUAGAGCCCGGCGUGUACAUACGUGUAUAGGACGGGGGUCCCCGUCGCCCUUUCUUAUCUGCACUGCUGGUUUUGUAAAUAAAUCCCCGUGCGGGACCCUGGGA